GACAGGAUAAGAGAAAAUGAUAGCAAUUGCCUGAAUAAUGAACCUAACUUUUUUAAAAAGCAUUCAUGUGAUGAUGAUAAGGAAGCUACGUUUUUAAAAACUGCUGCUCGCAAGUUGAAGCAAUUUCUUAAAAUGAAUAUCCAUGAGGAAUUCAAGCUCCACUUAUCAAUAGUUUCACAGGGCACAUUAAAACUGUUGAACUGCACCAGGAAGGAUAAAGAAAAAAAACAACCUUCCCUGGGUGAAGUCCAACCCACUAAGAAUUUGGAAGAGAAAAAAUCUUCAAAGGGACAGAAAAAACAGGAUGAAAUGUGUUUCCUAAUGAUACUACUAGAAAAGAUAAAAACUUGCUGGAAUAAAAUUUUGAGCGGCACUAAAGAACAUUGAAACGUAUGGCGUGACAAUAUAAAGACGUGAACUUUAGUUGCAUCCCUCAAGAAUUGAUCUGCUCGUGCAAUUUUCCGGGGUAGAACGCCUCCCAGAAAUUACUGAAUGCACCUGGUAAAAAUGGGUUAGAGCAAUUGAGAAAUACAUGCUGUGGUACUAGAAGGACACGAACAAUGGAACCGAACGCUGCAGUCAACGGACUAUUUCCUAUGUGUGUGCACAUGCGUCCGCUGGUGUUAAUUUGGGGCUGAUUUUUGUAAGACGAUCCAUAUAAGGCAGUGAUGUCAGAGGUGACACGCGAACUCAUUUUUUUGGUUGAUUUUUCUUUGUUAA